AUGCCACAAAGACCCAUCUCAAAGUGUGAUCAUACGUCUGUCUGUUUGUCCUGUUCUCCUCAUGCUGCCAUAGCAGGUUUCAGAAGACAAGGCCAACGGCAACGUCUCGCUGCGAUCAAAGCAGACAACCGAAGCUUCCCACGAGAAGACCAACUCUUCCUUGAGGAAGACGACAGAGCUUUUCCAGCCCCUUUGUUGCUGCCUGGCGAUGAUCUUGCCGGGGAUCCAGAAGACCCGCAGAGUUUUCAAGAAUGGCUCGAUGAAGAACACCGCAAUCCGGUGACCGCAAAACAGAAAACCAUCUAUGUCGUCCCAUCUCCUCAAAUUGACGCAGAUGUUGACUUCAUGCGAACAUGGACAACGCCAAAAUGUUCAGACCAUGCGCUUUCCACGAAGCCCCCUGGUACGAAGGAUGUUCAAGACUAUCUGUCUGCCUUUUAUCACGGUCUUCCUGUUAAGAUGAUGCCACCAUCUACGUUGCGGUUUAUUCCAUGGAAAGAGCCCAAAAGAAGACCCCAAAAAAAGACAGGCCCGCAAUACUUGGGUCUAAAAUCCGGCGAUGAGUGCGUGCGGAUUCGCUCACGUACCUUGUCAAAUGGGGUAUAUGGGGGCCAAGUCAACCUAGACGAUCUUCUCGAUGUUGCCAUUAGCAUUUUACCGAAGGACGCAUAUGCCCUCUUGAUGCUGGUGGACUUCGAUCUCUACGAAGACGACGAUGACGAGUUUGUAUGUGGUCGUGCGUACGGAGGAAGUCGCGUUGCAGUGGUAUCCAGUGCAAGAUACAAUCCCAAUUUGGACACUAUUCAAGAUGUCGAACGCCUCCAUGCAUGGCCUGCAUCGCAUUGUGAGAAGUACAUGUCUUCAUGUGCUUCGACAGAACCAAGUUCCAAGAGACAGAAAAGACCUCAGGUCAAUAGCCGAGGGUCACAAAAUCUGACUUCGGAGCUAAAUGGACCUGUGAAGGAUGCAGCAUCAGUCUACCGCUCCCUCCCGGAGGUAGAUUCCUCGCCUUUGUUACUGCCAGCACUCUGGUUGGGUCGUGUUUGUCGAACGGCGAGCCAUGAGUUGGGCCACUGCUUCGGUAUUGCCCAUUGCGUCUACUACGCGUGCUCAAUGCAGGGCACCGCUUCUAUCUCCGAGGACGCCAGACAGCCGCCUUAUCUCUGUCCGGUCGAUCUGGCGAAGCUUCUUUGUACCACUCCAACCUCUGCGUCUCAACGAUAUCAGGCUCUUCUGGCGUUCUGUGAACGGCCGGGGAAUAGUGAUACACAUUUCUUUGGGCCGUUUGCUACUUGGAUCCGAAGUAGACUAGGUCAGAUCAAGGACUCGACUUGA